AUGAAUUCCAAGAGGCCGAGUCAAGAAAGAGUUUCUAUUUAAUUCAAUUAAAUAUAAUACCCUUUGAACCCGAUUGUCAAUUCUAACAUAGAUUAUAGUAAAAUAUCAGGAUUGAACUCAAAAAAUUCAAAUCAAAAUGAGGAAUUGAAGAUGACCAAUCGAUACCUAUAAACUUAAUUGACACUAUAUCAAGAGAAAGUGGGGGCUCUUGAGAAAAAGGUAUCAGAAUUAACAAAUCAAACUGAAUAUUUACAAAAUGAACUAUACAAUUACCAAUUUGAACUUGAAUAAGUUUAUGUGAAUACUCAGAAGCAGUUUAGUUAGCAAGAAGUCUCAAAAGAGGAAAUCGAAGGAAAGGAAGACAAUAUCAAUUCACUUUAGGCCUAAGUUCAAGUUCUCUAAGAUAAAAUUACAACUCUACACAACAACUACCAACAGGAGAGAUUGCAAAUGAAAUAACUGCUACUCAAUAAGGAAUUGGAUAAUAAACUGCUCUAUUCCGAAUUGCAUAAGUUACAGAUAAAUAUUGGAUAAAAAAGUGUGGUUGAAGACAAACAGCAGUUGAAGGCAGUCAUGAAUGAAUAUAAUGAAUUUAAGAUUAAGAAGUUGAAGGAGAUCGAAUAAUUGCAGGAUUAAAUAAAUCUGUAUUAAGAGAAAUUAAAAUAAUUUGAUUAAAUUAAAAUUGAGGAAAUGUAAUCGAAAUAUAAUGAAAUAAUCCAGGAUUAAGAUUAGUAAAAGAAAUUGGAGAAUUAGUUAAAUGCCUAGAUCCAAUAGCUUUAAAGUCAAUUGUCAAUCUUAGGUCACCAAUGUUAAUCUUUGAAGGACGAGAAAAAUUAAUUGAAUAAAGAGAAACAAGCCAUAGAAACCUACUACUUAGAUUAACUGUAAAAGUAAGAUAACUAGAUAAAUUUGAUGAUCAAAUCUAAUCACAUAUCUGAUAGCAAGGUCAUCAUACAGAAAUUGCAAUCUUAAAUUGAAUCUAAGGAUAAGAUUAUUAAGGAAUUAAGCCAAUAGAAAUGCAAUUGCUCAGUUAAUGCCUAAUACUAUAAGGAUUUGGAAUAAAAAAACACCACUUUAAUUUUGGAGGUGGAAAGAUUGAAUUCUAUUUUGAAAUCGAAAUUGGUGGAAUUGGAGAGUAAUGAAAAAAAACUCUAGAUUGAUAAAUUAAUAUAGUAAUCAUAGUUAGACAAUGGUAUAUUUUAAAAAGUCAAGGCUCAAAAAUGA